ACUUCCUGUGUCAUGGGGCCCAAAUACGCAGUCUGAGUGCAUUGCGGAGCUCCGCACUGACUAGACCACCCUUUUGUGUACCUUCUGCUGGCUGCAAUCUGCAAUCGAAGGAUUCUGCGAGACUCUCACGCAACACAAUGGAGGCACUGACCCUGGAGGAUGUAACGGUGACCUUCACCAAGGAGGAGUGGGCUCUGCUGAAUCCAUCCCAGAAGAAGCUCUACAGAGAUGUGAUGUGGGAAACAUUUAGGAAUAUAAAUGCUAUAGGAAGGACUUGGGACUGCCAGCAAAUGGAAGAAUGCAAAAAUUGUUCAAGAAAUCUAAGAAAUGAAGAGGGAGAAAAAUGCUAUCAAUAUACAACUUGCAGUCAACAUGAAAACAGAUUCCUUCAGACUCCAGAUGCUAAUGUGGACAAGGAAGAAGCUGCUUUAAAGUCAGCCAAAAGUCUUGUUUGUAGAGAGCCCCUGACUGGGCACUUAUCAUUAAAUGUGCCCAUUUUAUGUCACAAUGGAGAGAAGCCACAUGAGUGUUUGGGAUUGGAUGACAAGGUGAGUGCAUGUAAUGAACAUGGUACAAUCUGCAGUGAAUUCCAAUCCUUUCAGAAGCAUGCAGGGACACGGAAUGGGGACAAACCCCCUCAAUGUGAGCAUUGUAGGAAAUCCUACUCUGAACUUAGUGAAAGAACUCACCCUGGAGAGAAGACCACUGAGGGUCAGAACAGUGUGAAAGUGUCCAGCAACCCCAGUGCUUUUCAAAUGCAUGAAAGAAUUCCCAGUGGGAAGACAGCAUGUGUAAGCGAGCAAUGUAGAAAAACUUGCAAUACUCAAAGUUGUAACAUUCAUGAAAGCAUUCACACAGAGGAGAAACCCUGUGUAUGUGGUAAAGCAUUCCAUACACACAGUUGCUGCCAAACGCAUGAAAGAAUUCACAGUGGGGUGAAAUCCUAUGUAUUUAAGCAAUUUUGGAAAUCAUUUAAUAGGUACUCUCAAUGUGGAAGCCAUAAAGGUACUCACAAUGGGGAGAAAUCUCAUGUAUGUAAACAGUGUGGGAAAGCUUUUACCAGUCGCAAUUAUUGUCAACUACAUGAAAAAAAUCACACAGGGGAGAAUCCUUAUGUGUGCAACCACUGUGGGAAGGCAUUCACUACACAGCAAUCUUGUGAAAGACAUAAAAUAACUCACACUGGGGAGAGACCUUAUGUGUGCAAGCAAUGUGGAAAAGCAUUCACUACAAAGUCUGAUUCUAACAUACAUGAAAGAAUUCACACAGGGGAGAGACCUUAUGUGUGCAAGCACUGUGGGAAGGCAUUCAUUACACACCGAUCUUGUAAAGUUCAUGAAAGAGCACACACCGGAAGGAAACCUUAUGUUUGCAAGCAAUGUGGAAAAGGAUUCACUAUAAGGACUUACUAUAAAAGACAUGAAAAAACUCACACUGGGGAGAAACCUUAUGUGUGCAAACAAUGUGGGAAGUCAUUUACUACACAAAAUAAUUGUCAAAGACAUGAAAGAACUCACUCUGGGGAGAAACCUUUUGUGUGCAAGCAAUGUGGGAAGGCAUUCACUGUAUACCAAUCUUGUCAGAGACAUGAAAGAAUUCACACUGGGGAGAGACCUUAUGUGUGCAAGCAGUGUGGAAAAUCAUUCACUAUACGGAGUAAUUAUAAAAGACAUGAAAGAACUCACACAGGGGAGAAACCUUUUGUGUGCAAGGACUGUGGUAAGGCAUUCACUACACAUGAAGAUUGUCAAAUACAUGAAAGAACUCACACAGGGGAGAAACCUUAUGUGUGCAGACAAUGUGGGAAGGCAUUCAGUAAAUACCAAUCCCGUCAAGUACAUGAAAGAUCUCACACUGGGGAGAAACCUUACGUUUGCAAGCAAUGUGGGAAGGCAUUCGCUACACACAGAGAUUGUCAAGUACAUGGAAGAAUUCACACUGGGGAAAAACCUUAUGUGUGCAAGCAAUGUGGAAAAGCAUUCACUCAAAGGAAUAAUUAUAAAAGACAUGAAAGAACUCACACUGGAGAGAAACCUUAUGUGUGCAAACACUGUGGGAAGGCAUUCACUUCACACCAUUCUUGUCAAGUACAUGAAAGAUCUCACACUGGGGAGAAACCUUAUGUGUGCAAACAAUGUGGGAAGGCAUUCCCUAAACACCAAUCUUGUCAAAGACAUGAAAGAACUCACACACAAAGGAAACCAUAUGCAUAUGAGGCAUUUGGAAGAAGAGUUAUUAGUAAGUCUUCAUUAUAUACACAUAGAUCUCACAAUGGAGAGGAACCCAGUGUAUACAAAGAAUGUGGGGGAAGUGCUGAUUGAGCACAUUUUUUAUCCACUAUGUGAAAGAUGUCACACUGGAGAGUGAUCCUAUAUAUGUAAGCUUAUUCUGACAAACUUGUGAAAGUUCCUCAUAUAAUGGAGCCCUGUACAUAUAUAAGUGAAAAAUUUGAUGUCAACAUUUCUUUAUGGGUUUUCCACAAAAUACAUUGCCUGAUAGAGAUCUCCUAGAAUCUAUAUUGUUUCUGUUGUUCAGUAAAUCACUUAUAAACAACUGAACUGUGUAUCUGUACUGUUUACUAGAAACAAUAUUGAUGUAGUGUGUUUUAUGUAAACCAUUGUCUUGAACCUAAUAUACAGUAUCUUCUAAUAGUACAAGGUGAAUUAAAAUGUAUUUCUCUUUCAAGUACAGUUAGUAUAGUUUUGAUUUUGAUUUGUUUUUACUAUGUGGAGGUUCAGUCAGCUAAAAAUUGUAUUUUAUAAAUAGCUUUUAAUUGGGAUUUACAACUAGAUUUAAUUGUAUUUUUUUGGUGUAUAUAUCUCAUAUUCCAUAUACCAAAAGAUAACUUUGAAUUUGAUGUUACAUUUGUAAAUAUAUGCAUAUUUAGAGACAUGGACAUGUGUUUUUUUAAGGAACCAAUGUGAGGAUUCUGCCAACUACAAAGUAUGUCUAUCCCAAUGUCACAUUCUGCAACAAGAGAAAUAAUUUCAUGAUGAAUUUGAGGACAUAUGGGACCAACUUUGCUAGAAUUCCAUUGAGUACCUGAACUCCAUAGGCCACUACACUUACUGGAGGGCCACAAUGAUAUUUUAAAUCUUGUGGAAUCAGCUUUAGGUUAGAACCACUAUCAGUUACUUUCCAAAUUCGACAUUCUUCAACUUGUUAUUCUGUUAAAAGUCAUUAGGUCCUGUUGGAGAAUGAUGGGAGAAAGACUAAUCAUAUAAAUUAUUUUGGUGUGCUAAGGUCCUUCUUCAAGGGGAUCUGGUCUCCCUUUCAUUCAAAGGGUUCUGGGCCUGAAAACUUGCUCAUAUCUGGGAACUGGGGAGUGAUUAGGGGCUGUGAUUCCCACUUACCUUGAUCUGAAAUAAGUCUCUGUUCUUUCACUCUUGCAUUUUUUAAAUUUUGUAAAUCUAGUAAAAUGUUUUAGGCAUCCCAUGUAUUUCACUUUUGGGAACACCAUGGAUAAUUGGUAAAUACCGUGGGUCUACAGGUGUCAGACUAUCUUGAUCAUCAUUAUUUUUCAUAAGUGCAUCAUACAUUUUCAUAAGUGCAUGCACUUUGCUUUUGGCAAUUAUAUGUUGCCACUUGACUCCUGCCACUUCAGAAUCCAAAUAAACCCAUUGUCCUUAUGUUUACGAAAUGAGAAUCUCUGAUCCUUAUUCUAAGAUCUGGCAUAAAGAGAGGAGCAGUGACAGGGCUCUUCAGGGAUAGUGAUGCUCAUCUCACAAGUUCAUUACUCAAGAUUUUAAUGUAGGGAACGUUUUCUGAACAUCCCAGUGUGCCAGAUUAGAAUUGACAUUGCAGAACCUUUCCAGCCUUAACAUUUCCCUAAGCCUCUAAAUCCCCUCAUCAACAGAAAACCAUGAAAUGUAAGGCACUUCAGAGUCAUUGAUAGUGGGCCAUAUUUUGAUCCAUCCCUCUGCCAAAGAGUGAAAUAAAUUAUUAAAACUUUUCUUUAUUCCAUGGGCUGCAACAUUAAAUUCAGAGUCACUGCUGAACAGGCCCAUAUCAACAAAUUUAGGUUGAUCCAAAUGUAUCAUUUUCACACUAUUAUUAUUCCACAUGUAAAACCCAUUCUCAUAUUGCUCACUAAGCCUUUGAUUAUCAGAGAAGACUCAAGAAAUACUUUGAGAGAAUAGUGGACCUCCUCAUAGGUAGGAUUCACCCUUAAGAGUGUCCUUAAGUUUGAAUUUUGCUGUAGGCAUUCAGACAAUCAUGCAUGGUGAGGGUGGCCCUCACUAAUAUCAGGAUUAUUAGGCUUAGUCAACACAAAAUCAAUUUCCUCAUGUAUACUAGCAGAAGCUAAUUCCACAGGGGUGGGGUUGUAUAUACCUCCAACACAGGUUAGGGAAAUCUUCCUCUGGGAAAAAAAAUCUCAUGAGAUUUUAGAUGCUCAACACUCUCAGCCUCAUCAGGAUCUUCGUAAACAGUUCCAUAACAGUGCACAUUCUAUUCCAAUCAGAGCCCUCACCUUCAGAUACCCUUGACGGCUGAGCAUUAAACUUACACUGUUGUCAGCUAGUCAAAUUAUGAAGGCCUGUGUUCGGGUUUUGUAAUCUUAUUCCAGUAGCUAAAGGAGGGGAGAUUACUUUUCAGGGCACACUUAGAUCCUUUCAAGUUUUUUUUGUGUGUGUUUGCAGGUAGGUAGGAAUUUGAAUCUUUGAGCUCCUUGUUUUCCUGUAUACAUUUACCCUCAAAGAAGAAUUUGAUUGCUGGUGGGUUGGUUAAGCUAACUGUUCUUCAGUUCCUCUAAAGAUUCUACGAGCAACAACAAUCAUCAUUGUAUUUUCCACUCUGCCAAAAAUAUUGCAAAGUUUCAUAUAUAAAGUCACUAAUUCCUUCCAUUUCAUAAGUGGUAAAUUAGGACAAUCAAAUGGAUCUCAAUUGUAUGUUUUAAAGAGUUCACAGCAAGGACUUUUAGUAUUCUCCACAGUACGAGAAGGAAAGACCAUGACAUCUUUAGAUCUCAUCACAUUAGCCAAAUCCAGGAAUUCCUAAAGCCAUUAAAGAACUUCAUCUAGAGGCAUUAAAGAAUUUCUCUAGAGCCAGAAUCUGUAUCAGUCAGUACUUAUUAGAGAAGCAUUUAAUGGAAGAUACACAAGUAGAUUUAGAAGAUUGGCAUACAAUAGCCACUUGUACAGUGAGAUGUGGAAAAGUGCAAAAGGCCUGUCCAUGAGCUGGAGAUCUGAAUCCUUCUGUUGAAUGCCUGGUGCCCACUGUAGUGCUCUAUCCAAGUUCAUAUCAAGAGACCAAGUGGUGUAUGCCAUGAAGGAUGAAUGUUCUGUGCUGGAAGAUGAGGAGCUUGCACUGGAAGCCAGGAGACAAUGUCCAAGGUGAAGGUGAGCACUGGAGUUCCUCUGAAGAAAAACAAGCAACUUUUUAAUUAUGUUUCUCUUGUCACUUUCUGGCAGCAAUCCUUAUUGUGGGUCUUCUAUACGUAGAAGUGUACCUUUUCAAUUUAGGUGGGCAUUUCUUACUCAAGUUGACACACAGUUAACUACCUCAAGUAAGAAAUUGCUCCAAAAAGUAUAAAUGAUGUUAUGAUUUCUCAGUAACAACAUUGUUAAAGUGAUUUUUAGCAAUAGUGGAAUUAUUUUUUGGAGAAUGAUUCUUCCUGGAUACUAUGAGGCAAAUGCCUUUAACCUAUUCCCUGAUGCUGGCAAUGCCAUUACCUUUGGUAAUUUUUAUUGCUUUUGGCAUGGCUAAAGUGACUUCAUUUUUCCUGCCUCCACCGUAGUAGUCCCUUAAACUUAAGAUGAACUCACUCCUUACCCCUCCCUUUAGCUAACCACAAACCCACUAAAGGACGAACAAGUCUUUCAUCUAGAGGAACCAAUAAAUAAAAGGAACUGUGGGUAAGCUAAGAUUAACUUCAUCCUGCCUAACUAACGAACACCCGGGAAAUGUAAAUCUUGUGACCUUGUGAAAAACCCUGUAAUGUAGUUGUGAUGGUGAUUGGAAACUUGUUAAUGUAUAAAGCCCUGGAGAACAAAGCCUGGGUCAUUGGUGUUUUGGCAUUCUGAUUACUGUCCUGCUGACCAGAAUAAAGCUUGCUCGUCUAUUCUCA